GUUUGCUUUUGGACGGGGAAGCAGCGGGAGGAUCUGGACGCUCAGAGGAUUUAUUGAUUCAUUGGUUUGACCGGUAGAUGAUCGACAGAUGAAGCCGAAUGCCUGCGCUGUGUUUCUGCUGCUGAUCUGCCCUCUGCAGAGGGCCGACUGCAGUCUGCCGCUCUUCACUCCUGCCACAGCAACGCUGCAGGAGAAAGUUUCUGCAAACUGGGAGUCAAACUCUGUCACGUCUCUGAGGAAAAACAGCUUCAUGCGACUUCCUGGAAUCUGUCGACGUCUGAAGCGACGCAGAGUCACGAUAGUGUGUAACCUGGAAAAGUUCUGCUGGGGCCGCAGCUGGUGGAGGAGACAGAAGACUCCACCUGGCCAGGUGUGUCGCUGCCCUCAAGGCUCCAGGUGUUCACAUUUCUUCCUUCACAGUAUCUGAACAAAAACAACAAAAAAAACUACAAAAUGAAGGAUUUACAUUCAUGGAAACUCUAUAUUUAAAAAUUAAAACAUAAAUGUUGUUUGUUCUUUUGCAGAGAUUAUGAGGGUCAUUUUUUGUAUUAAUAUUAAAAAAUUAUCUGUACUAGUGCAAAACACUUAGUCAUGAUUCUGAUUUUGACAUAAUAAAGUGUAAUGCAAUUUUCAGUCAUGGCCUCUAGGCGGCGGUGUGGAUCAUCUGACUGACUUCCGCCAACAUUUACGUUUCCAACUCAGCUAAGGAAACAAACGGAAGUGACUUUGUCUCCCCAUCACAAUAAAUGUUAAUGUUACAGUCAAACUUACAUUAUUCCUCAGUACUCUCUCCUGGCUUUGAGUGAGAAUAAAAAUUAUUUACACCAAAUAAUUUACAAUCACUAAUAAUAGCAAUAAAGUAUGUUUGGACACUGGACUGGGGAUUUGCUACUGUUAUAGAUAAAAUGUUUUGUAAAGGUAAGAUAGUCAAUAACUUGUCCGUUUUGAACCAUUUUGUGAAAAAGUAAUUUAAGAAGUUGUUUAAUUUAAAUGCAAAAAUAAUAAAAUAAAUAUUUUUGAUUGCAGUAUUUUAAAUGCUAUUAAUUUAACCAUUCCUGCUGAAAGAGUUUGAGUUGAGGUUACAUUUCACACUAUUAUUUAUCUAUUUCUGAAGGGCUGAAUAAUUUUAAACUCAAGUGAUGCUGCUGUAAUUUGGAUCAUAGUGGACUGUCUACCUGUUAUUUUUCUCAUACUGAUUUUAUUUUGUUUGCAAGCAAUGUUAAAUAAAUACACUUAAAAAUAACGAGAAUCUGUCUUCUUCUGUAUCCGCCUGACGUAGUGGAGAUGCUUUUAUUUUGAAGUGUCCUUACCGGAAGGUUUCUAGGCUUUAAUGAUGUCGUAGUGAGCAGAGGCCGCCCGUCAGAUAAUCCGGUAACAGUUUUUGAACUUCAGUAGUCUCCCUGUCUGAUCUCCGGUCAUUUUCAAAGACUACUGUGUUUUAACCGUCGCUGUAAAAAAAGCUGCUCUUCCUCUCAGCUGCAGGGUUGGAUCUGAAAAUGGCGGCUGUUUCAGCGGAUCACAGUGAGUGCUCGGAGCUAAGCUAACGGCUGCUAACGUUAGCUUCUCUUCUUUAGGUCUCUGCAGCCUUUUGCCUUAAGUCACCCAGUUCAAUCUGAGCACCAUGUAAACAAACCAGGCAGCAAACCAUUCCAAGCGUUAACCUGCACCAGCUCCAGAACCAGUGGGUUGCUGGUGAGUAACCAGCAGCAGCAGACAGGGUGGCGGUGCUGUCACCUUCCAGCUGGAGAGGCAGGCUGAUGGAGAGCGACUGCCGGAUCCCAGUCGCCUGCUGUCGGCCUCGGGUCCUCCUGCUCCACGCUCUGUUCUGGGGUCUCGUCUCGCUCAGAGUGUUUGGAGCGGCGCUGCUGAGCGAGGAGAAGACGACAGCAGUGAAGCCUGUUGUCGCCCCCUGCUGGUUGCUGGAGAACUUUGUGGUGCUGGAGGAAUGCAACCGCUGCAGCGACUUCAACGCUAAGACGCAGACGGUUUGCAGUCAGACGGGAUACGUGGAGCGAGUGAACUGCACCAAGACCAGCAGACAGGAGUACAAGAGCUGUCGCUCCGCCCUGAUGGAGGAGCAUCUCUUCUGGAAGUUUGAAGCGGCCAUGUUGGCUCUGACUGUCGUCUUCGCCAUCCUGGUGGUCAUCCGCCAGCGCUGGCUGGAUCGCCUCGCCUCUGAGAAGGUCCGCCGACAGAUCGAGUCCAUCUAGGAGAAGAGGGUCCUGCUGGGUUUUUAAAUCCUUUGGCAGUAUUUUUUUAAACGGAUCCAGGUUUGGACCGGACCUGUUGGACGUCCUCCAUGGAGCUGGCUGAGCUCAGCUCCCAGUCUGUGAAACAGCAGAACAAACACUAAAACCGGGACGAUGAGUCUUGACUCGCGAUGGAAACUGUAGAUUAUAUUUUAGUGAACAGAGUUUAUAGAGAAAUCAGGGAAGGAGACGUUUGAUCUGGAUGAAAACAGAAGUGAAACUGACAAACCUUGGGAUCUGAAGCUGAAACGUCUCUUCCUGCAUCGCGGUGAUGUCACAGUCAGGAACUUCCUUAUAUGGACUCUGGAAGUGACAAUUGGAAGCAGCUGUUUCUGAAGUGUGGAAAAAUGGGCUUUUUCUUUCAAGAUUAAACAUUUUCCUGCAGAAAUGCAAAAUAAAAUUCAAAUCUGAUA